AUGUUCUUCUUAGAUGCAUUCCUUAAAGGACUUCACAAACAAUACGAUGAUGAUUCAAUCGAUCGUCUCAAUUAUUAUUGGACUCCUAUGUUGCUCAUUAUUUUCGCAUUGACUCUUUCGGCAAAACAAUAUGUCGGACAACCAAUUCAAUGUUGGAUUCCUGCACAAUUUACUGGUGCUUGGGAGCAAUACAGUGAAAACUAUUGUUUUGUGCAAAACACAUAUUUUAUCAAUCCAGAUAAAUAUAUCCCAGAUUCGGAACUCGAUCGAGAAGCUGCUGAGAUUGGUUAGUUUCUUAUCACUACUUUUCUCAAAAUAUAUUUCAACCAAAUUAUUUUAAGGAUACUACCAAUGGGUUCCUUUCAUUCUUGGACUUCAAGCAAUUCUCUUCUACCUUCCAUCGCUUUUCUGGCGCCUUAUGAAUUUCAAUUCAGGUAAAUAUUUUUGAAAAAUAUCUCAUCAUUAUUUUUCACACGACAAAUUGUCGAUUGGCAAUGAUCCAAAAAAUAGUACGCACUGCUCAUUCCCUCAACCUUUUGUUACAAAAAAAAGAAUGACUCAUCGUUGGUCUUCGCAUCCAAAAAAACGACCAAAAUUGGAGAGGGACCAAAUUUGGGCCAAUUUUGAAAAGUGUUUUCGAUAGAUCAAACAAAAAUAUAUGUGUACAGUUGUGUGAAAAUUGUAAUCGAAUUACGAUGUUUUGAUGAGAAAACUGAUUGAAAAUAAUAAUUAAUUACAGGUGUCGCUCUCAAGAAACUUCUUUUUGGUGCUAAAAAUGCCGACAAAGUUAACGAAAAAGCACGUCAAGAAAGUGCAAAAUCUACUGCCGCUCACAUUUUCGAAGCUGUUACUCUUCAAAAACGAUUCUCAAAGUAUUGUGAGUCUUUUUUUUCGAAUGUUUUUCUUCUUUUUUUUCUGAAAUUAGUCAUCGUUUUAUAACACAUUAUUCCUAUUAUUAUUAUCAUCGAAAAAAAAUCAAACAAAAAUAGUACAAAUUUGAGGGACAUUCUCUAUUUUUAUUAUUUUUUUCAGCACAUGGUUCUUUCACACACAACGGAUCUUAUCUUGCCUAUCUCUACAUUUUUACCAAAGUUUUGUAUCUUGUUCAAAUCAUUGCUCAAUUUGUUAUUCUUAACAAGUAUGAUUUUACAAAACUGAAAUUUUCUUUGAAAUUCGUAAUAUUUUUUUCAGCUUUUUGUCAACCACCUAUACUUUCUGGGGUGUUGGAAUCCUCAAUGAUAUUCUUAGAGGACGUGAAUGGGAAGAGAGUGGACAUUUCCCAAGGUUUGUCUCAUUUCCACACUAAUCUAAAAGUCAAUUAGUAAAUACAUGCAAAUUUUUACUACUAUUGUAGUUUUUUCCAUGAAAGGGGAAUAAUAAUGGUAGUAGUAAAAUUCUACCAAUAUUUGUCACUUCCAUUUACGACAUACAUACACAUUUUUGUGCAAACAAAGAAGUACACGAAUUUUUUUGCGUGGAGAAAAGAGGGACUGAAAUAUUUUUGGGAAUAUUUCAAGUAGAAUUCAAAAUGAUGCAUUUUCAGAGUCACAAUGUGCGAUUUCGAAGUUCGUGUUCUCGGAAACAAGCAUCGUCAUACAGUUCAAUGCGUUUUGAUGAUCAACAUGUUCAAUGAAAAAGUGAGUUUCGAAAACAAAUUGCAUCAUGCCUUGUUUUUCUUUUCUAAGUCUCGACGACCUUCUCGCCACAUUCAGUCCAAAUCCCAUUACAUUUUAAUUCCUCCAAACAAAAAACAACAAUAACCGAAAACAUGUCCUUGAAACCUUCACACCUUUUGCCUCGCCUAAACUAGUAAUAGUCAGUCAGUCAUAUGAGGGAAAAGAACCCAAUCAUGAUGAUGAUUAUCUCCACCCACCUCCCUUUAAUUUUCGUUUCGAUAACCAUCGAAAAUAGCCUUGACACCAAUGGCUAGUUAUUUUUUGACCGACCGAGAAUGGGUGGAAAUAAAACUGGAAGAACAAUAAAAAAAGGGGAAGUACAUAUAAUAAUUAUGUUUUUCAGGUUUACGUUUUCAUUUGGUUCUGGCUCGUUCUUGUCGGAUUUUUGACAGCCCUCAAUCUUGUCAACUGGGUUCGCAAACUUUUGUUCCGCAAUGUUCGCAAGCAACACAUUCUUUCAUAUUUGAGAGUUAGCGGAAAUGUUGGAGGAGAAGAGGAUACAUCAGGUAAACAUGAAAUGAAUGUCCUUGUACUAAUUGUUAUUCUAAUUUUUAUGAGAUCGAUUCUUAUUUCGGCAACCAAUGAAUAGGCGUGAGAAUUCGUCAAAUUUAAUAAAUUAUAUGCAAAAAGGCAUGAGAAACUAAAAGGGCCUGUGAAAACCACCAUUAAUAUUUCUUUCAAAUAAUAACUUUCAUUUCAGGCCUCCGUGUUUUGGACAAAUUCCUCGAUCAAAAACUUCAAUCCGAUGGUGUUUUCAUCACUCAUCUCAUCGAUAACAACAGUGGAUCAGUUUUCACCCAUGAUGUAAUUAAUGAUUUGUGGAGAAGAUUCUUGGAAGAACAACAAAACACCAUUCCACACAAAGAGUUCAAAGAAUCCAUUUAG